CAUGGCAGUGCAAUUAUUUUUCUGCUAGUGUUAGGCAGUGCAUCAAGCAAAACUCCCAAGAGUGCAGUGAAUAAUUGUUAAAAAAAAAAGAGAGAAGAAUAAAAGAUACUAUCACAAAGACCUAACGAAGACUUUAUUGACGUUAAACGAAAACGAUCGAUCACCUACAUAGUUUUCAUAAUAUUCCGAGCACUGGAAGACUCCUAAACGCACCAGACUUAAAUGAACGAUUCCACGGAGUAAUCCGAGUAAUGGUUACAAUGUUUCCGGAAAAUUAAAUUACAUAAACCAUUAUCACUCAUCGAUUGAGCCUGGUACGUGCAGCUGUCGAGUAUAAAUACCGAGUUCGAAACGUCACCGAGUCAGUCGAAAGAAUCACAUUCAGCGAAGCUCAUCCUAACUACACCUUGUAUUUGAGUACACUCAGGGACCAUCACCAUGAAAAUCACCGCGAUCCUCCUCUGCGCUUUGAGCUUUGUGUGUUACACGAUGGUUCAAGCUGACGAAGUUAUGCCACCUUCGUGCCUGGAGCAAGCGGGAGUGCAGAUAGUCGAUAUACCGGCACUGUUGCGCGAUCAGACCGAAGAGGGGAGCAGGAAGCGUGCUUGCAUCGCAGCUUGCUACCUGCAGAAGAUGGGCCUGAUGAAUGGCAACGCCAUAAACCUGGAACUUAUCGACGCCAGGAUCGACAAGAUAAUGCAAAACAGCGACGAGAAAGAGAAUUUGCGUCAGAGUAUCCACGAAUGUGUUGCAAAUGCCGCCCAGGAAGACGAGUGCAUGGUGGCCCAGAUGUUCAUGAAAUGCGGAAUAGAUCGCCUUCGACUUCCUCUUCAUAAUCUACUGGAUAAGUUUUACCAAUGAGGAUCAGUUUUGGAAAGCGCGUUUUUCGGUACAACUGAAAUUUUGUUAACUUCACAAUAUCGAAAAUUAGUAUAACUUAGUUGCAACGUGUACAAUAAA